GUAACUUUGAACAUUUUUGUUCCAAGUUUUUAACCUUUUCCUUAAAACAAUGAAGGUCAGCUCGACUUGAGAUUUUCCGGCGGCGUCUGUCAACUGAAGCGCUUCUCUCCGUUUCGUUUUGCUUCAGAGUAUUGUGAGAAGUUGCAAAGGAGCAAACCAUAUAAUCUGCUCCAGUUCGAUUCCGCAAGCAGGUUUUCUGCAGAUUGAACUGUGUUUUUUGAAUUUACAGAAGAAGGGUUACCUCAAUACUGAAGUGGGGUACUUUUAAAUUUAUUAAAGGUUGGACUUUUAGAGGAUGAUACAGUAGGCAAAGACCUAUGACGGACAAGUACAAUGUUGAAGCUGCAGAAAUUCUUGCGAAUGAGGCACUGCGCUCGCCAAUUUCGGGAGCAGUGCCUAUAUAUGAGCAGCUUCUAUCGACGUUUCCCACAGCGGCAAAAUACUGGAAGCAAUAUGUUGAGGCACACAUGGCGGUAAAUAAUGAUGAUGCGACAAAACAAAUAUUUAGUCGCUGCCUGUUAAACUGUCUACAGAUUCCACUUUGGCGCUGUUACAUCCGCUUUAUCAGGAAAGUCAACGACAAGAGGGGGAAUGAGGGUCAAGAAGAGACGAGAAAAGCUUUUGAUUUCAUGCUUAACUAUGUUGGAGCGGACAUAGCAUCAGGUCCGGUGUGGAUGGAGUACAUUGCAUUUUUAAGGUCUUUGCCUGCUCCGACCGCACAAGAAGAAUCACAACGAAUGACCUCUGUGAGGAAAAUAUACCAGAGAGCUAUUGUCACCCCAACCCAUCAUGUGGAACAGCUUUGGAGGGACUAUGAGAAUUUUGAAAAUUCAAUUAGUCGAGCCUUGGUGUGGUACUGUUUGCAACCAAAAAAGUCAACAAAAAGAAAACGCCGUAAACGAAAGAAGAACAGGAAACUAGAUCUGGAGUAUCUGGAGACGGAGAACGAUUUCAGCAUAUGUUUUUUGGAUAAUUUGGAAGGAGAGAACCCAGAGAUGUUUCAGGCAAAAGGACUGGUUUCUGAAUAUCAACCUAAAUAUAACAGUGCGAGGGCUGUAUAUAGAGAAAGGAAGAAGUACACUGAUGAAAUUGAUUGGAAUAUGCUAGCGAUUCCGCCCUCUGGAUCUUCCAAGGAGGAAAUGCAAUGGAUGGCAUGGAAAAAACUUCUAGCCUUUGAAAAGGCAAACCCACAGAGGAUAGACAGUGCUUCUGCUAAUAAAAGAAUUGUGUUCACAUAUGAGCAGUGCCUCAUGUUCUUGUAUCAUUAUCCUGAUAUAUGGUAUGAAUAUGCCACAUGGCAUGCAAAAGCUGGUUCAGUAGACUCCGCUAUCAAGGUUUUCCAGCGAGCUUUGAAAGCACUUCCUGACUCGGAGAUGCUGAGAUAUGCUUACGCUGAACUUGAGGAAUCACGUGGAGCCAUUCAGGCUGCUAAAAAGGUAUAUGAAAGUCUUUUUGGGGAUGGAUCCAAUGCCUCUGCACUAUCACAUAUCCAGUUUAUAAGGUUUUUAAGAAGAAGUGAAGGAGUUGAAGCAGCUCGCAAAUACUUUGUUGAUGCACGCAAGUCCCCAAAUUGCACUUACCAUGUUUAUGUAGCUUAUGCAAUGAUGGCCUUUUGUCUCGACAAGGAUGCAAAGAUGGCGCACAAUGUUUUUGAAGCAGGGUUAAAACGCUUUAUGCAUGAGCCUGGAUACAUCCUUGAGUAUGCAGAUUUUCUUUAUCGUUUGAAUGACGAUAGAAAUAUCAGGGCAUUAUUUGAACGUGCAUUGAGCUCACUGCCGCCAGAGGAAUCUGUUGAGGUUUGGAAAAAGUUCACUCAAUUUGAGCAAACAUAUGGAGACCUUGCCAGCAUGUUGAAGGUUGAGCAGAGAAGGAAAGAAGCUCUUUCUAGAACAGGUGAUGAUGGAGCAUCAGAGUUAGAGAGUUCGUUGCAUGAUGUUGUAUCACGCUACAGUUUCAUGGAUCUUUGGCCUUGCUCUUCAAAUGACUUGGAUCAUUUAGCACGCCAAGAGUGGCUCGCGAGGAACAUCAAUAAAAAAACUGACAAACCUACUCUUGGUAUUGAGGCAGGUUCUGAAGACAAGACUACUUCUGGUGUUUCAUCCAAUACAAAUCCGCCGGCCAAGGUUGUGUAUCCAGAUACUUCAAAAAUGACGGUAUACGACCCGAGGCAAAUUCCAGGUCCUGCUGCGCUUGCAGCUCCAUCUGCUUCAGGCACCUUGCCCUAUUCUGGUCCAUUUAGCAGCAAUGGACCUCCAAUUGCCCUUAAUGAUAUUUUGAAAUCCUUGCCCCCUGCAUUUGCAGCGUUCGUAGCAAAUUUGCCAGCUGUUGAAGGUCCUUCUCCUGAUGCUGAUUUUGUGAUAUCUGUAUGUUUGCAAAGCAACAUCCCUGCAGCAACUGGAAAAUCCGGGACUGCCUCUCUUCCUUUGCAGUCAGGCGCUGCUCCAUCUACGAGUGACCUCUCUGAUUCAAGCAAAUUCAGGCCGAGAGACAGACAGCCUGGAAAGAGGAAAGACAUGGACAGACAAGAGGAUGAUGAAUCAACGACUAUGCAAAGCCAGCCCCUUCCUAGAGAUCUUUUCAAGAUUCGCCAAUUACAAAAAAACCGUGUUACUAAUUCGUCUCGAGUUACUAGUUCAUACACAGGAUCAGCAUCAUACGGAAGUGCGCUUUCAGGAGAUCUCUCGGGCAGCACUAGUUGACCUCGGACUUGUUUCUUAGUUUUCAACUGAGCAGCAGACCUGAUGUGACUGACAGAUGAGGCGACAUACAUUCCAAUCUCUGCCAUUUGCGUCUGGUUAUUCUGUAGUGUACUCUAUUUUGCUGAGAUGUAAUAUUAACAUUUACAUGUCAUUAUAGUUAAUCUUAUUUUUCAGAUGUUCCAUUUAUAAAGAACAGAUCCCUGUUCAAGAAAGCUACAUGCAACGAUCAACGUUGUUUGGCAUGAUUAGUGAAAGUGGUAGACUAUUUCCCAAGUCAGAAGGUCGCCCUCUAGCCCAACAAUGGAGCUAAGUGUAUACAACUCGACAUUUCUUUCGAUAGUGAGAUGUCACUUUUCAUAUAAGUUAUAUAUCAUGUAGAGUAACUGUCUGAGAGUGAUUACAAGAAAAUGUUCUGGUGGCUAACAAUGAGAAUUUUGUUUGAUAAAUGUGCUGGGAAGUAUUGGUUUUUAGAAUUAUAUUGUAUUGUAUUUGAGUUGUUAAUUCUUAUUGAAGUUGGAUUUUGUGACUA